AUGAGCACGACCCGAGACAAAUCGGGUCAGGUUCCGUUAAAGACCGCAAAAAUUACCCCAAAGGAGAAAUCCGGCGACGCCCUAACGACGUCGUUGAGGGCUUCACUCGCCAUCAUCCUCACCUUCUCGAUUUCCCUCGCCGUUUACUCAACCCUACACACCACCAUCCGACCCGCCUUCUUCGGCUGGUCCCAACUCCCCGACCCGGCCGUCUACAUGGCCCGACUCAACUCCGACCAAUCCCCCACCAACAUCUCCCACUUGGCCUUCGGCAUCGGUGGGUCGACUCGCACCUGGGAAACCCGGCGCCUGUACUCGGAUCUCUGGUGGAGGCCAAACGUCACCCGCGGAUUCGUCUUCCUCGAGCGGAAUCCCGACCCGGAAAUCCGGUCCGCGAUCCCCCACCGCGUCUCGUCCGACUGGGGGAGGUACAGGCGCUCGGCCGGGUCGGAAUCGGCGGUUAGGAUCUCCCGGGUUGUGGUGGAUCUGUUCCGGGUCGGGCUGCCGAACGUGAGGUGGUUCGUGAUGGGGGACGACGACACGGUGUUCUUCCCGGACAACCUGGUGGCGGUGCUUGGGAAGUACGACCACCGGAGGAUGGUAUAUGUAGGCGGGAACUCGGAGAGCGUGGAGCAGGACCUGAUGCAUGCGUACGACAUGGCGUUCGGCGGCGGCGGGUUCGCGAUCAGCUACCCGUUGGCGGCGCAGCUGGUCGGAAAGAUGGACGGCUGCCUGAAUCGGUACCAUUAUUUCUACGGAUCAGAUCAAAGGGUGUGGGCUUGUGUAGGGGAACUCGGUGUGGGGCUGAGUAGAGAAUCCGGGUUCCACCAG